AUGUCCAAGUCUGUCAAGCGUUCCAGAAAGGGUGAACCUAAAGUACCAUUGGACGAGAAUUCUCCUGUCAUCCAGGCAUUUAGACUGUACCAGUCAGAGCUGGAUACAAGGCACGACAAACAUGAACGCCUUGUCAAGAUCAGCAGAGACAUCACCAUAGACAGCAAGAGGACGAUCUUCCUACUCCAGAGAGUGGCAGGGUCAGACUCUGAAUCCCAAGUGUUGGAUGAGGCUGCAGAAAAACUCGAGCAGAUACAGAAAACCAAGUUUGUCUUGAUAGCCGAAGAAUUACAGCAUGAAGACCCAUACAGAUUCAUUCGGGCAUACUCCCCAGGUCUACAGGAAUAUAUUGAAGCAGUUUCAUUUUUCAACUACAUAAAGAGCAAGAAGUUGGUAUCCUUAAAGGCAAUUCAGCAGGAUCUGAUUUUUCCUAAAAAUAGUGACAAAGGACAACCUUGUGAUCCAGAGAACCAAGCAGAAAAGGUCCAAUCACAGGAGUCUAACAGCACUACUAGCCAAUCAGAACAAACAGGUACAAUUGAAGUCCAUGUUCCACCGAUAGAAUACAUGCUCGGUGUGGCUGAUCUCACUGGGGAGCUGAUGCGAUUGGCCAUCAAUAGUGUCGGAGCGGGAAAUCUUGACAUUCCAUUUGAAGUGUGUGAUUUCUUGAGAAAAAUGCAGUCAGGAUUUCAAUCAUUCAGUUAUGUUUCCAGGGAUGUGAAAAGGAAACUUCAAACACUGAAUCAAAGUCUGCGGAAGGUAGAGACAGCGUGCUAUACCCUAAAGGUGCGUGGGUCGGAGAUCCCUAAACAUAUGCUGGUGGAUGUCCUGAGCUCGCCCUUCAGCGACAUUCACAUGUACACUGAUGACCAGUCAAUGGAUGAAUAGUCUCCAUGGAUGUUUAGUACAAAUGUGAUCUGUCUUGAAGUAUUGUUUAUUCUGGAAUAAAAUGUUGAACUUUUCCCUAGAAGAA